GGGAAAGGGGUGGGGAAGAAAGAUUGCCCUGAGGACACCUCUCUCUUGCAGGACAUGGAGAACAGGCCAGCAGAGACCAACUCAGAGGUGGACAAGUCGGCAUCACCCUCAGUGGCUCAGCUAGCAGGGAAAUUCAAAGAGCAAGCAGCCAAUAUCACUGGAAAAGAGGUACCACCACAUAAGCCAACUCGGAGGAAACCACCAUGCUCCCUUCCAUUGUAUUCCCACAAAACUGAGCCAAGUGACAAUGAUGAGCAAAAGCGGUCUCCAAAUGCUUGCCCCAUUCCCAAGGUCAAGGUGAAAAGCUCCCCCAUGAUUGAAAAGCUGCAGGCCAAUCUGGCUUUUGCUCCAGCUGCUCUGCUGCCGGGAGCAUCUCCCAAAAGCCCUGGUCUGAAAGCCCUGGUUUCUCCGUUCAGCACCCCUCCUUCAACGCCCACCAGCCCAGGGAUUCAGUCCCAGCCCAGCGAAGUAAAUGAGACGCCAGUCAGCUUUGAUCAACCCCCGGAAGGCACUCAACUGCAAUUCUAUAAUAAGGUGCGGACACGGGGAUCGAUAAAGCGCAGGCCUCCCUCCAGGAGGUUCCGAAGAUCUCUGUCCGAGUAUGGAGAUGGGGAAGAUUUAGGGGUCAACACCUCCUCUCCAGAAAAUGGUGCCAAGGAAGAUGGGGAUGAGGUGUUUGGGCCCAAGGGCAAGACAGAGGAGGCAGAAACAGGGAGCAAAGAGCAAAAGAAGCAGACAGGGUCUGAUGAGAAGCCCCCAUCAAGGAGAGGAUCCAGCAGGUCAGAAGAUGAAGAAAAAGGUGAAAAACAGGCAGAGGAAAUGACUCCUUGCAAGAGUAACACAGGGGAUACAAAGAAGGAGGAAGUGUGUCGCAGUGCCCCAGGGGAGGAGAACUCUCCCCAGCCUCCCUGUGGAAACAAGGAGGAGAAGGUGUGCGAGGGUCCCCAGGGAGAAGAGCAGCAAGGCAGUGCCUGUGAACAGGAAAAGGGGGACAAGGAGAAGGAAGAGGCUGAAGCUGAAGCUGAAGCAAAGGAGACCAGUGAGAGCACAGACACACAGAGAACGUCAGACACUGAAGAAACACCACUGGCACCUGAACCGCUGCAGGACGCAGUGGGCUUAGAGACUGUCAGUGAGCCUUCAACAUCAGCCAUGCAGGACCAGGGCACAGCAUAACCGUGACGCACAGGACAUACCCAAUCAGGGCACAGGAGACUUAACGUGAAUAGGAGCCAUCUAACCCAAUCAAGGUGGAAGCUACUGGAAAACCUUCAGCGGUUGCAGGAGAGGAACAGAAUACGGAUAUCCCCCGAGGUCCAGACUCAUCCCAGAGCUGAGUGGCUGCUCACUGGCUCUCUGCUUUGCACCAUCAUAUUUUGGGACAGUCAGAACAAGAGACUGGCUUGCAAUCACUCUGGAGUUCAAAACUGAGGUGUUGGCUGACGUUCCUCGGUGAUAUUCGGGGACUGAGAGACCUGAUACAUGCUGUCCUGGAGCCAACAGCCACCACCAGUCCUGGGCCCUCUGCUCCUUCAUCCUGCUCCAAAGUCUCUUUUUCUUCUCCCCUGCAUUGGUCUUAGAUGAAGUUCAUCAGUUACAUACAUACACAUAUGGUGCCUUUUUCGUAGCUUCUUUUGAAAUAUUUUGGAGUUUCAAAUUUCAGUAAAUAAUGUUUUAACAGUAGGAAAAAGUAUGUUUUCUCCAUAUAUGCUGUAUGGCAGACAAUGUGAACCAUUAAUAUGGGGAAAACUCUUAGGACAUUGUUCAUAAAGCAUAAAAUCCCUUUGAAGUGGGGGUUGAGCUGGCUGAUCUCAGCAAGCCGUGGCAGGCAAUUUUUCUGUGUGCUUCAACUUUGGGGUGUUUUUAGUGCUGGUGGAAAGUAACAACCAACAGAUUUGAUGCACAGAAAAGAUAUGCUGCGUAGGUCAACAGGGCAAGUUUUCUUAGCUAGCUCUGUGCUCCAGUCCAGAUUUAGAAGGGCCGCAUGUCCGUCAGUCUUUCUCACUUCCAGACCCUUAUCCAAUCUUUUGAUUCUCUUUUGAAACUUUCAGUGUGUGGCCACUGAGUGCCACUUGUGAUAGAAAGCAUCCUGGCUUACUGGAAACAGCUGAUUAAUUUUAUGUACAUCAAAGAAGAGGUCUUAGAUGGCUGAGUUUCCAGUCGUAUGGCCUGACUGAAUAUGAAUUGGUGAAGGUCAGAUAGCCAGUCCCUCCUAAGUACUUAGGCAUUGUACUAGAUUUGCAUUCACUCUUGGGGUACUAGUUAAGUCAUGGGUCUAGCAGUUGCUAAGCCAAAAAAGCUUUUACAUCUGGAGAGUAUUUGUUGCCCAUAAGAAAUAAGUUAUCCGGGGAAAGAUAGUUAACAGACCCUCAUCUGACCAGUUUCCUGACAGUAGUGCUUGAAGCUGUGUCUGCAGUACUGAAUAAAAAGCUGCUCUGGCUCAAGGCCAUGGGGCUCACGUCCACAGCGUGAUGUGGAGCUGUGGACAAGUCUGGGCUCAGUGGAGACAGCGAGCCAGACUUGUCAAAAGCUGAGCCAAGGAGUCUGCUAGCUGUUAGGUGGUGUGCACAGUCAGGGGCCAGUGCUUGAACCUGCCGCCAGCCACCUAGUACCCAGCAAAACAGACACAGCUACAGAGACCAAGGGCAGAACCAGCCAGCUCCUCUUCAUCCAUCACAAAGCUCCUCCUAGCAAACGUUAAGCUGAGCAGAGUCGGAGGCUUGGGUUGUCCUUGUCUCUCUGGACAGGCACAAGCAUUUUACACAACACAGCCCACAUUCAUCCUUGAGCGGGCUCUGCAACAGAGCAGUGUUACAAACCCAGUGGUUUUGAGGGAUAUCCCCUUUCUGUUCACCAGCUCUAAAAUUGCGAAGAAAGAAGUGGCUCUGUGCCCUGCCUUUCUUCUUCCCAGGUGAGAGCACUGAGGUGUCAUUUGCUGAGAGCCAGCGGUGUUGACCCUCCUGCAUAGCACGGGCUUGUUGGCAAACACGACCCCUACAUCCUUUUGAGCCAUGUUGUGGAGCAUUGUUGCCUUUGAAUCCAUUUUAAUCUGUUUGUUAGAGCUUGUAUUCCAGGGCAGGCUGCAAUCAUUUGCUGUACCCUGUUUCUUCUCUCAGCAGAGUGUCCCAUCUGGAUGUGAGUGAUUGUGCCUUACUGUAUAUAUAGAUAUAUGUGUGCCUGUUUAGUGAAUGAGUAUGUGUGUCCUGACGAAGGGAAUGGAAAUCGGAGGGAGAAACAGAAGAAAUAAA